AUGGCCUCCUCUCAAAUUUGCUAUUAUCCACUGUCUGGGUCAUCAGAAGGGAAAUUCACCAAUAGUUCAAGGAAACCUGAUCAGGUAGCCAGGGAAACUGCAUUGAACCUCUCCCAAGACUUGGUAACCAUGGUGCUGCCCAGACUCCCUGCCUCAUCCCAAUUUGUCAAGGAAGACAAGAAACAUCUGACCAAAUGCCAAGGUGCCUGCCAAAAGGACAGCUGGCUCCACACUGCUGACGAUUGGAUCAUCCUCCCUAAAGACUUUGCUCAACAUUUUAUCCCUAAGAUUAACCAGAACACCCACCUGGGCCUAAAGAAAACCAAAGAAUUAAGGGAGGCCAAAUAG